UAUUUAUUAAAUAUUUCAUAAAAUAUUUAAGGGUAAAAUUACCAUUCAACGUAAAUUUUAUCAGUCCAGUAAUCUUAUUCUCACAUAAGCAUCCAAACACUAUCGAAAAUAUCCUCCGUGAACAAAUAAUUAAUAUUCAAACGUAAAUUUAUAGUUAUUCUAACUUAUAUCAAAAUAUUCUCUAUUCUUGGGAAUAAUAAAAAUUAUUUCUCAAAAUUUAGUUCUGGAACCAAAAAGAGUAUGGCCUUUCGCUCGAAUGAAAGUAAAUUUUAUUUUAUUUUUUAUUUUCAUUUAUCCUCCCACAUCCUUUCUCGUAAGACACUCCGCGUCCCCUGCGACGGUUGACCGUUAGCGCCGUCCCUGCUACGUACGUACGCGUACAUACGACACAGUUGCGACACCGUUGCUUUUAAAGAAGUACUAUUAUUAUUAUUAUUAUUAUUAUUAUUAUAUUAUAUUAUAUUAUAUUGAUUUACGGCUUUGCCGACGUCUUCCUCAAUUCCAUCACCACCGAACCUUCCCCGUUCCCUGCCUCGAAGCUCCUCCUGAACCCAGCUGCUUCUGAUGGAUCACAAGUUUCCUUGAAAGAAAAGAAAGGACCAGAAAUCGCAAGGAAUCAAACAUAUACUGCCUAUAUAUACAAACUUUCUCUUCUCGCACCAUGGGGAUCGGUGAUAAGCAGAUCACAGUUUGUUAAUUAGUUUGCGCCCACCUACGUACGUAUCAACACUUCUUCGCAGAUAAUCAUAUAUACACGUAGUAGCUAGCUAGCGACCGUACGUCCAUCAUGCUUGCUGUCAUCAACAACGGAGCCGCGCCCGCCGCCGCCAGUUUGGCCGCAGCAGUACAGCCGGCCGACGUCGUGAGCGGUCGGAACAGCAGCAGCUCCUCGGCUUCCCUCUCGACGUCUUCGUCCCUGAUAAGUAAACUGCGGGUUGCGUUGUCUCCUAAAAGCAAGAGGCCUGCAGAUGGCGAUAUUCGCCAGCAGCAGCAGCAGCCCCUUGCGCGGGUCCUGAGCUGUGGCAGCACCGAAUCCAGAUCCAGCUCCGGUGCCAGCUCCGGCGGGGGGAGCAGGCGAUCGAGAAAUACGGAGGUGAUGGAGCGUGUGUUUCGCUACUUUGACGAGAACGGGGACGGGAAGAUCUCGCCUGCGGAGCUGCAGAGUUGCAUGCGGAGGAGCCUCGGGGAGGAGCUGUCGGCCGAGGCGGCGGCAGCAGUGGUGGCGUCGAGCGACUCGGACGGGGACGGGCUGCUCGGGUUUGAGGAUUUCUUGAGGCUGCUCGCAGAAGAUGAGAAGGCUGCAGGAAUAUCGGCGGCGACAGAGGAGGAGGAGGAGAGCUGCAGCCUGCGCGAGGCGUUCCGGGUGUACGAGAUGGAGGGGCAGGGCUGCAUCACUCCCAAGAGCCUCAAGCGGGCACUCCGCAGGCUCGGCGACCCCCGCACCACCAGGGAGUGCGCCGCCAUGAUCCGCGGCUUCGAUCUCAACGGUGACGGCGUCAUCUGCUUUGACGAGUUCAGGGCCAUGAUGAUGAUCUAACUAUAACUGAAUGUAUAGAUAUAUCCCCUGCCAUCUGGGGGGAUACAUGACACACAAAUUGAUACCUUCCAAUUCUUUCAUUUUUUUUUUUUUUUUGUUUUGUUUUGCGGACACUUCUGUUUCGAAUUUACUGCUGUAUGAGAUUCUUUUAUCAGUUGUUUCUGUGAUGUAUAGAAAAAGUAUAGUAUUUCGUUAAUUAAUGUGUUUCAGAAAACACGAUAAUCAUCAAUAAAGUGAUCGAAUUCUUUUGACGAUA